AUGGGCUCAGGCCAAGUACUCGUUGAUCCUAGCUCGCUCGUGAAAGAGCUCAUUGACAAUGCGCUCGAUGCCAGGGCCAAAAGCAUCUUCGUGGACAUCACGGCGAACACUAUAGACUCUAUCCAGAUCAAGGACGACGGUCAUGGCAUUCCAGCUGAAGAUCGCGCUCUUGUAUGCCGUCGCUAUUGUACCAGCAAGAUCAGAUACUUCUACGAUCUGAAGGAAGUGGGAGGCAAGUGGCUCGGCUUUCGUGGUGAAGCACUGUCUAGCAUGGCUGAGAUGAGUGGCACGCUUGCCGUCACCACCAGAGUGGAGGGUGAGCCGGUCGCUGUGAAGCUCAAGUACGGUAGAGAUGGCGAGAUUGAAAGGGGAGUCACCCAAUUCUUCGAGUACAUCCCGGUACGCAGACAGACAGCUACUAAGAACGCAGCAAAGUGUCUUGCGAAGAUCCGACGCCUUGUGCAAGCAUAUGCACUUGCCAGACCUGCCGUGCGCUUCAGACUCCACGUCCUCAAAGCCAAGAACAACAAGGGCGACUUCAUCUAUGCUCCCAAGACUAAUUCGAAUAUUGAAGAUGCUGUCCUGAAGGUGAUCAGUAAGGACUGCGCCUUGCAAUGCGACUGGACAGCCCUUGAAAGUGAUGGCUUUGAAGUCCACGCAUUCCUACCGAAGCCCACUGCAAAUGAAUCAAAGAUUGCCAAUUAUGGCGCUUUCAUCUCAAUUGACUCCCGGCCGGUUUCCAACAGUCGUGGAACUAUCAAGCAAGUUGUGGCUGCAGUCAAGGAGCGAUUGCGGAAAUCAAGUCAGUCCCUCACGGCGGCCAAGGACCCUUUCUUCUGCAUGAACAUCAUCUGCCCACCUGAUAGCUACGAUCCCAACAUUGAGCCUGCAAAGGACAAUGUCAUGUUUGAAGACGGAAAGGUUGUACUAGAUGCGGUCGACAAGUUAUUGAGAUCAUACUACCCUGAAGCCAUGGAAACGGAGGUCGAGCCGCCGAUACCUGGCCAGCAACAUGCGCAAUCCGACUUCGAGGAUAGUUGGAACCCUAUGCCGAAUCCUGUACAUCUUGAGCCCACGGCAGAGUUGGUUGGAAAGUCAAAGCUGGACCAGCAGUCGAAGGACCCUAGAUGGCGUUCCAGCAUGUAUGGCAUUGAUGAGGACGAUCUGGAGCAUCUGCAGGAAGACCAGCCUAUGGUCAUCGAAGAAGAGGAGGGUCGACGUGCCGCUGAUAUCUCGAACCCUUGGACCGUUGCGCGCAUGAAUUCUAUCAUCAAGCCAAAAGUUUCAACGACCAAUGGUCAGCUACCUAGUCCAGUGAAGAGUAGCGGCGAUGUAACUAUGCAGCCCAGCUCACCAUCGGUUGCGAAGACGCCGCUUCGAAAAGCCCAGCCUGAGCCGUUGACUCCACAGACGUCCUCAAGACCAAGUCCGGCAUCACUGCUCGACAACGAGCUCGGAAACAGCUUGGAACCUUUCUCCCGAUUCGAUCCUGAAGACGAAACAUUGAACGUGUCUCGUGACAAAUACACAGUUACAGGAUAUGCUGGAUUUCAGUCUGGGUUGCCACUUUCUGAGCAGACUGGUGCAGAGCAGGCGAAUAAUUUCCCGGGAGCCAAACAACCUAGGGGCGGACAGUUUCCUAUCCAGGUAACAUCAGCUGCCCCAAGAGGAAGACAACGAAAGCCUACACAAAAUGAUGAAGUGGAAGGGCCAGAUGAUACGUGGUUCGGACAGCCAAUGCGCGGCUCCCAGCCUUCACAGCCAACUCGUCGACAGAAGAGGCGUGGAGAACAGGGCCCUUUAUUAUUUGCAAGCAAUAUGACGUCGAGCCCGCGAAGACCAAUUCUGGCAACAGCCAAGAGGAUAUCAGAUGGCCAACUGUAUUCCGAGGAUAAUACUGAUAUCCGCAGCUUCUUUGGACAGAGGGAGAAUGGUCGUACAGACAGUGAUGGACGUCCCACCAAGGGACCAUCAUUUACUCCGAUCAAUGCCCAGCCAACUGCAGCAAGUCCCAUAUCACAGAAUGUUCAAGAUCCCUUUCGACCACUCACGAUACGGGAGCGUCCAACUUCGCAGCCUAUAUUCUCUAGAGUGAGCCCGGUCGGUCCAAGAGAGACUAGGAACGAGUCGCGCAUUCAUGCCGAAGACGCCACCAGCGCUCGACGUCGUAACAAUGGCGAACAAUUUGACGUAUACGACGAAGACCGUUUCCAAUCUCCCAUGCCUCGACCUUCAUCGGCAGGUAAUCUCUACAGCAACGACAAGCCAACACACAACUCGCGCGACAUGACUGCCUACUUCAAAGCAUACCAGGACCGCGAAAAUGCCCCAGCUAACGGAUCUACAAGCUCUAUCCACAGGCAUGAACCACGCGUCGCUCCACCCCACGAACUCACGAGCAAGACUCGCCGCCAGCGCCGCCGCACCACAGAUGGCGUACAACGAACCAAGUCCUCGAAGCUGCCCCUCGAGCGUAUUCCACAUAGCUACCAUAUUCAGGACAUCGUCUUGACCAUACAUUCGAGUGUGACAUGUAUCAUUCAGAGCUCUCGCAAGCUAGAUAUGCGCUGCAAUAGUCUGGACUACAACUACUCCGCCGAGGACGCGUUUGACGCUUUCACUGAGCCGGUGUCUGAGCGCAAGAUCGUGGCUUGGGUCACGGAGUUGGAUACGACGCUGAAUGAGUGUUUUGAGCAGGUGCCGUGUGCUGAUGUGCGCUCGGUGCUGCAUGAAGCUAUUCAGAGGGGACUGGAUGCAAGGAAAGUGAAUGAGGACAUGGAGAUUGUGCAAGCGCCUGCGCAGACACUGGGAGUAGUUCAGGACUCUGGUGACAACGACCGCAGGGUUGCAGAGCCUAAUCGUCGUGUCGCCACGCCACCAGAUAAGCCCGACCUCGCGGAAGCUGUGACGAACGAGUCCGGAACAACUCACUCGACUUCACUGAAGGCGGAAGACGAGGGGAUGUCCGACUUUGACAUGUCGCAAUUCGUGGACUUCGACAUAGACGCGGUUGAGAAUGACGCGGGUCCAUCGAAGAAUGCCCGCAAAGAGUUCGGAGAGGAUGUUGAAGACGACAUGCUGCUGGAUUUGUGA